UAUCAGAAAAUUCACUUUAUUGUUGUAAAAUCGUGACUAUUUUUAUCGUAAUAUUACGACUUUAGCCUCACAUAUCUCUGACUUUAUUCUAGCAACUGGCCUUUUGUUAUGGUUUACUAGCCUUGGAGCAUGAACAUAAACACACCGCAGUGAGUGAAGAAUCCAAAUGAAACCAACCAAGAAAUGAAAUUUGAGGGUGUCGAAAAGGAGGCGACGCGGCGGAUGCCGCCGUUCAAUGAUCUGCAAGCCGCUUAAAUCAUCAAUCAUCAAAUGGAUAUCAAGUGGUUAAUGUGCAACUCGGAGGAGCUUAGGCUCCUCGUGAUAUGCCGAGGUGAACUUUUAGCUUUGGCUCUGCUGAGCCCAUUGUUUGUUUGUUUUUGUUUUUUUUGUUGUUUUUUUUGCCCUCAAGUUUUAUUGUGCAGGCUUUUCUUUUGUGCCUCAGACAUGAAGUGAACGGACCUUCAUCGUGAUGAUGACGAUGAGGACAGCAUCCACGAAGGAUAAAUCAAAGACGAAGUCCACAGUACACACGAUGAUGAAUGAGGCCAAUAAAGAUGCGUUCAGGAGUGUCAACAGAAAGCCCGGCCUUCAGAUGUGGACCAUUAACAAGCUGCAGAUGGUGCCUGUGCCGGCCAGAAGCUUUGGCAACUUCUUUGAGGGCGAUUGUUACAUUGUUCUGCAUAUGAGUCAGAACAUGGGCGCGGCCGACAUCCACUACUGGAUCGGGAACACUUCGUCGCAGGAUGAGCAGGGAGCGGCGGCCGUCUACGUCACCCAACUGGACGAGCACCUGGGCGGUGCGCCGGUGCAGCACAGGGAGGUGCAGGGCCACGAGUCGGCCCGCUUCAGGGGCUACUUCAAAAACGGCAUCAUCUACAAAAAGGGAGGCGUGGCCUCAGGUUUUGACCACGUGGAAACCAACGCCUACAACGUCCUGCGCCUGCUGCACGUCAAAGGGCGGAAGCACGUCACGGCCUCGGAGGUGGAGGUGUCAUGGAAAAGCUUCAACACAGGCGACAUCUUCCUUCUGGACAUGGGCAAAGUCAUCGUGCAGUGGAACGGAGAAAAAAGCAACAGAAGAGAGAAGCUUAAGGCCACCUUGCUGGCUCAGGAGAUCCGGGACCGGGAGCGAGGCGGUCGGGCUCAGAUCGGCGUCGUGGAGGGCGGAGACGAGCGCGAGUCGCCCGAGCUGAUGAAGACCAUGACGGAGGUGCUCGGGCAAAGGAGCGGCCCGCUCAAGGCCGCCGUACCCGACGACGACUCCCGCAAGGCGCACAACGCCGGCGUGAGGCUCUACCAUGUUUAUGACGUCAGUGGGAAUCUGGUGGUUCAAGAGGUGGCCACGCAGCCACUAACCCAAGACCUCCUUCGGUCCUCUGACUGCUACAUCUUGGACCACGGGGGCUCCAGCGUAAUGGUGUGGAAAGGAAAACACGCCUCCAAGGAGGAGAGACAGGGUGCUCUGAACCGGGCGGUGGGUUACAUCAAGGCCAAGAAGUACCCGGCGAGCACCAGCGUGGAGGUGAUGUGCGAGGGCGGCGAGUCGGCCGUGUUCAAGCACCUGUUCAAGGAGUGGAGGGACAAGAAUCAAACGCAGGGACUGGGCGCCACGCACACCCUGGGCAAGAUAGCAAAGGUAGACCAGGUGAAGUUCGACGUGCUGGAGCUCCACGCUCGUCCCGAGCUGGCGGCGCAGCAGCGCAUGGUGGACGACGCCUCGGGGGAAGUCGAGGUGUGGCGCAUCGAGAAUUUGGAGCUGGCGGAAGUCAACCCGAGAACAUACGGACAGUUCUACGGCGGCGACUGCUACUUGGUGCUGUACACGUAUCGCGUAUCUAACAGGGAGCAGCACAUUCUCUACAUGUGGCAGGGGCGUCACGCCACCAAUGACGAGGUGACGGCGUGCGCCUAUCAGGCCGUGCACGUGGAUGCCAAGUACAACGGCGCCCCGGUGCAGGUCCGUGUGGUCAUGGGAAAGGAGCCCCGCCAUUUUCUGGCCAUCUUCAAAGGCAAACUUAUCAUCUUUGAGGGUGGCACCGGUCGACCCGGCGUGGUCAACCCCGUGGGCGGAGCCAGGCUCUUCCAGGUUCGAGGGACCAACGAGCUGAACACCAAGGCCACCGAAGUGCAGGCCAGGGCGUCGUCCCUCAACGCCAAUGACGUCUUCCUGCUCAAAAGCGACCACUCGUGCUACCUGUGGUACGGAAAGGGUUGCAACGGGGACGAGAGGGUGAUGGGCAAAGCCAUUUCUGACGUGCUCUCGAAGCAGGACAAGCAGGUGGUGAUGGAGGGUCAGGAGCCUGCUGAUUUCUGGGUAGCCCUCGGAGGGAAGGCCCCCUACGCCAGCGACAAGAGCUUCCAGAAGGAGGAGCCUCUUCACAGCCCUCGCUUGUUUGAAUGCUCCAAUCAGACGGGUCAGUUUCGGAUGACCGAAGUGGACGACUUUGCGCAGAGCGACCUGGAUGAGGAGGACGUCAUGCUGCUGGACACCUGGGAGGAGAUUUUCCUGUGGGUGGGAAGCUCUGCCAACCAGGACGAGACCAAGGAGGCGUGGAACUCUGCCCGCGAGUACCUGCGCACCCACCCGGCGGGCCGCGACACCAACACGCCCGUGGUCUCCGUCAAACAGGGCUUCGAGCCCCCCACAUUCAGCGGCUGGUUUCACGCGUGGGACCCUCACAAGUGGAGCGCGGGGAAGUCCUACGAGCAGAUGAAGAAGGAGCUGAACAACGACGUGUCGCUCUCACAGAUCAAUGUUAACCUGAACAACACAACUUUGAAUUCAGGCGGGGGUGGUUACCAGGCUCCCGGAGGCCCCAUGAGCCCCCCUCCAUUCUACAGGGGCCAUUUUGGGGACUCGUCCCCCCACACCAGCAGCCCGACUACAUCCCACCCAUCCUUCACGGCCCCCGGGAAGCACGUGGCCUCCGAGCUCCUCAUCAACAAGCCCGCCUCGGAGCUCCCUCCAGGCGUGGACCCCUGCCACAAAGAGAACUUCCUGUCGGAUGACGACUUUGAACGGCUGCUCGGAAUGGGCCGCUUAGAAUUCCAGCGCCUGGCAAUUUGGCGGCAGAACGAGCUGAAGAAGAAGGCGGGGCUGUUUUAAUGCCGUCGAACCUUUUUGAACCAGAUUGAAACCCGCGAUGAAAAGUUUUUACACCCCCCGGUUAAAACCAUAAAUACACCACAAACUAUGAAAAAAGUUGAAAUUUUAUUUUUAUUUUUCACUUCAAUAUACUUCCUUGGCACCAAUUACUGGAGUACUUUCCUAUUUAGACAAGACUAUGGCGGCAUCUUGUAGCAAGAGCACAAAAAAUGCAAUUAGAUGAAAAGCUGAACAUAAUUUCCACAGAAAAUAACACAAACAGGUGAAUUUGUGAAUAGCAAUUAGUGAAAACAAUAGUGCAUAGGCGGUGCUUCACUGUUUUUCAUUAUUUAUUCAUUUAUGUAAUUAAACAGUUUAUUGAUAUUGUAAAUGAUCAAAUAAAAAUAGUAAAACUUUUUUUUAAUUAAUUAGAGGUAAAUUAAUCAUAAGUCUAUUCUACAAUUUCUAUCAUUAAAAUAAACUAUUUUACAAAUUAAUUUUGUACCUAAUUUAUGAUGUUGGCGGCACGGUGGCCGACUGGUUAGAGCGUCUGCCUCACAGUUCUGAGGACAGGGGUUCAAUCCCUGACCCCGCCUGUGUGGAGUUUGCAUGUUCUCCCCGUGCCUGCGUGGGUUUUCUCCGGGCACUCCGGUUUCCUCCCACAUCCCAAAAACAUGCAUGCUAGGUUAAUUGAAGUCUCUAAAUUGCCCCUAGGUGUGAAUGUGAGUGCGGGUGGUUGUUUGUUUAUGUGUGCCCUGCGAUUGGCUGGCAACCAGACCAGGGUGUACCCCGCCUCCUGCCCGAUGACAGCUGGGAUAGGCUCCAGCACGCCCGCGACCCUAGUGAGGAGAAGCGGCUCAGAAAAUGGAUGGAUGGAUGGAUAUAUGAAGUUUCCAUUUUAAAAGUCAAAUAUGGCUGUUGCACACAAACGUUUGCCCACCUCUUGGUUAUAAUUAAAAAAAAAAAAAAACAUUCUCAGCUGAAAAAGUAAUUUAAUACCUAAUUUAAUAUAUUUUAUAUACAGGGUCUCUGCAUGUUUAGGGAAGGAAAUAGGACCACUCGGAAUGGGCGACUGCAGGGCUCAAUCUUAUACCAUGGUUAAAAGAUUUGCAAUCCUAUUAUUUUGUUUAUGUAUAUCAUCGAAUAAGUAUUACAAAAAUCAAUCACGGGAAGUGACGGUGAUUGCCUCCGUUCAUGGAUGAAUGUUUUAAUCUUCCAGGGAACUACUGCCAUGUGAGUUCCGGUGGGGGUGAUUAUAUAUAAUUAAGGCAAUCUUUUGCGUGUGCAGAGUGACAACAUUUCUACUCAUUAGUGAAUGAUGCCCUCUGUUGCUAACAAAAACAGUGGCACCUCAACAACUGCAAUCAUAUUAUAUUGUACUGUAUUCAAUACUGAUGAAAAUCAACCAGAGGAUGUAAUUCACAUGACUUCAGUUCAUGGAUGGCAGUCACAUUCCACCGAGCCCAUUUAAACUUAGAUUCUAACCAGAACAGCAGCACUUAAUCAGUGUUGCAGACAAAUUAAAGUGUGGAGUCUUAGCUGCAUGUUGAAAAGGACUUUCCCUGUGCUGUUGUAAAGACGAUCGUUGACACGUGGUUGGGGAACGUUGGAGCUGAAACCAGCUGAACUUGCACUAACCAAAUAAGUGGCAGGUAAACAACAACUGCAAUCAUAUAACUGUAUGUUGAUGUACUGUAAUAAAAAAUACAAACCAGAAAAAAAACAAAAACUGCCAACAGAAGUAUCUGGAAUUAUUUCAGUUCAUGGAUGCUAUUGUUCACACGCCGCUGAGCCCAUUUGAACUCUGUUAAUAAACCAAAAAGCAGUACCCACGGUAAGUGAUCAAAAUUUUUGGGGCAUGUUCCGGGGGGGUACGCCAUGCGUCUUAAUUAAGGAUAAUAUAAGGCCUUCAAUUUUGCAAAAGUCUCCAAAAGGUAUUUCAUUUCGAAGACGAAAAAGAUCAUGACAAAUUAGUCCGUCCACGUUGGAUUUUAUGUUUCCAAACUGGUAAGCAGAGCUGCAUUGAGUUUUGUUGAAUGGACAGAUUAGUCUUAUCUUCUGAGAGGCAGCACACAAUUGAUUGCUCGGUGAAGUUGUCAACAUGGGGCUGGUGGGGGGGGAUUUGUGUUUGAUUAUGUGGCUAUACGACACAUUCACACAGUGUAGUGUAUGAAGUGUUGCCUCCAAGAGUGAAAAUGCUUUUAUUGUCUUCUCGGGCCUCCUUUAAUACAAUACAACGACAAUACCUUGCUGAAGCUGAUGGUUUUAUUUGAGAAGUAGUGUAAAAAUACAGAGAGACAUGCAAUUGUUUGGAUUAUCAAUCGGAGAAUUUGCCUCAAUGGGGAAAAAAAAACUCCAUAAUAGUAAUUCAGGUUUUAAUACACAGUUGAUUACUUGACAUAACAACCCCCAAAAAUGAGGCUUUGUGCGUUAGGAUGACAAAAAAAAAAGUCACAUUAGAUUUGCUGAUACAGUCUAGUAAUGGACAAUCAGAUCAUAUGUUUAGACAAAAAUAUAAGAAACGUCAUAAAAAAGCCUCAGUGUAGCCCGUCAGAAAAGUCCAUCCAUAUAAAUUAAAUACGAUCCUAUUCAAUAUUCACUGCUCCAACCUGAGGUUAUUGCCCCCAGUGGGACAAAUAUAUUUGAAUACUUUCUUUACCCGUUCAUCUCGGCUGUGUUAUUAUGCAAAUGUUGUUGGAUUAAAAAAAUAAUAAUAAUACAAAAACUGAUAUGAGUGGAAAAUUUAGUUUCUUCCGCACUAUUGAGUGUCCAGGAGCAUGAUGUGCAAGAAUAAGCCGGCGGACGAGACCACAUCGCCGUUCUUGUUCAGGAGCGGAACGUGGCGAUAAC